AUGACUAGCUCGAGUACAGCGGCAUUAGUAUCGAGCAAUAUACACAAAGUCGAUGUCGGGGAGGACGGACUGACCUUUGACCCGGACACCCUCCAUGUAUCUCCCGGAGGAAAGGUAGAGUUCCAUUUUUACCCUGGCAAUCACUCGGUCGCCCAGGCCGCUUUCGACAACCCGUGUCAUCCAAUGAGCACUAGCAGCUUUUUCAGUGGUUUCCAUGCCCCUACGCACGACGAAUCAUCUACCGUCUUCACUCUCACCGUGAACGACACCGACCCAAUCUGGUUCUACUGUGGGCAGGUCGGUCAUUGCCAAGCCGGCAUGGUCGGGGUUAUCAAUCCAUCAGGCGCAAACACCCUUGAUUCGUUCAAAAACGCGGCCUCGAAUGCGGACGGCAUAACUGUCCCCUCGGCUGUUCAAGGCGGUGUCCUCGGGAAAAAUGACGAGACCGAAUCAUCCACUUCGUCUGGCGCUAGCACGGGGACUGCAAGCAGUACGGAAACCGAAUCGUCCACUUCGUCUGGCGCUAGCACGGGGACUGCAAGCAGUACGGAAAGUCCUAGUCCAAGUGCCGCAAAUGCCGGAGCAAAAUCGCAUUCUGUGAUUGAUAUGAGUUGUGUCUUGGUUCUUAGUUUCUUAAUGGGUCUAUUGCUCAUGUAG